AUGGAGCUCAAAGGCCUUCUGCUUGUGACUCUCUUCUCUCUUGCUUCAGCAACCCCCGUAGAUCCCGCUGUCAGUCCAUUCGCCCCAUCCAAGGUCGCUCCCCGAAAAAACAAACUGCCCUUCCCCUCGACAUUUUACGACCUACCUACAGGCGACCCAAGAACCGGCCCACUGCCUACGGGCAAACUGGGAAGCCCAUUGCCUCCAUGGCGGCACGAAAACGGAGUCGGCGUUUACAAGGACCCUAAUCAAAUCGCUCCGCUGUGGUACACCGAGAGCGAAAAGCAGUUGAAAAAAAUGGCUGACACAGGAGGCCACAAGGAUGUGGUUCCGGCUCCCUCUAAGACCACAAAGAAGAAUGUACUCAGGAGCGAGGUUGCGAUACCGACACCGACGGUACUAGGUGGUGAUUGCUAUGUUGCGGCUCGAAUAAUGUGCGGUGUAGUGUUGGGUCUGACGGACUGCGAGCAGCAGUGCGCAAAGUACGCAACGCUGCAACCUGUUGGGAAAACCCGGGAUUGCAUUCCUCUCCAGCAGACUGGUUUCGACGAUCCUCUCGGUAUC